AUGACAACGAGUAUGGCUGAUCCAUUAGAUUUCGGCGAGCAGCAGAGAUUUGAUCAACUUCAUCACCAACAGUUGGAACAGAAGCUGUUUAACACGGGUCCCAGAGCGUCAAGGACACUUCCUACGGCAACGUCCCAGAAUUUGCCUAGUGGUGACGGCUCAGCUUCUUUUCCAAACUUGUGUCCAACUGAUGUUGCUCUACAACCUUUUAAUGAGGACAGUAUUGAUGGUCAAAUGCGAGUCUUUGCUGCACCAUUUGUAAACGAAUGCAGCAAUUUAAGUAGCGCAGGCUCAAUUUCGGAUCGAGAACCGGACGGAACACCUGGGAGAUGUAAUCGUUCUGGACCUGAGAAGAAAUCAGUCCGCAAGCGGCGUCGCGGCGACGAAACGCCGAAGUCAGAAAGAAAAAUAACGGAUUUCAUUAGGGGCCAAACGAGUCCAAAACGAAUGGUCGUGAAUUCGAACGGUGAGAACUAUUUGAACGAAACCAAUCCAGUUGUGGGCGUUGGUGUGCAACGUUGGAUGACAACGUCUCCAACUCCUCUCAGUCGCGUAACGCCAACAAAUCCUCAUUACUCGUCUGAUUCAAACAGCAAUUCAAACCAAAGCCCUCCUGCACCCCCGCCUAUACGGUUGAAAACCGACUGUGAAACACAAACUGAUUUUGAAGAGCUUAGUGUAGCUCCACCUGAAGAGAUUGCCAAAAGAGAUCGCUUGAUACAAGAACUAAGGAACCAACUUAUUGAGGAACAAAAUAGAACCGCAAAUGAGCGACGGAAGAACGAAUCAGCUAAGGAGGCUCUAAAAAGGAUACUCAUUGAGAAAAAUACCAUGGAAAGAAAAGCAAUACGAGAUAAGACUACUGAAAAUACGCCUCGAAUAGGUCAGUAUAAACUAGUUCGUCACGGUGAUUCCUUCCGAGAAGUCUGGGUUGAUGGAUGGGCACAAGAAGAGCUAGAUAAAAAAAUGCAACAGAUAGCUAAUGAAAGAAAUGAAAUUGCGAAUGCUUCAGCGUUGUUGAAGAAGCGAAAACCUGUUGGAAUUGCGAAGGAAGGUAGCACACCAAAGCGAUCUGCUGCAAAUUCCUUGUCUGCACAAUUAGCAGCGAUUCAAACUGAUGGAUCAAUGCCGUCCACAUCGUCCUCGGGCGAUGACGCGGUGUUCCGCCGGCCAGAAGAACCAAAAGAGAUUAAUUAUCAGGAAUAUAUCGAGCUGGAUGAAAUUUAUAAGCUUCGUCGUGAACACAUGAAGAAGGAGGAGUUGGAGGUUCUUGCUGAGAAGGAAAAGUUAGAUAGGGAGCGCCAACUUCAUUUACGAGAGUUAAAGAGAGCCAGUAAUGAAAGAGACUCCCGCUACAAGGAUCACGAGAUGCUCAAUAAGCGAUAUUUAUUGCUGUCUCUGCUUGGGAAGGGUGGAUUCAGCGAAGUCUGGCGUGCCUUCGACCUUGAGGAGAAUCGAUUUGUUGCUUGCAAGAUCCAUCACGUGAACAAGGAGUGGAAGGAGGAAAAGAAGGCCAACUAUGUGAAACAUGCAAUGCGGGAGAAAGACAUUCAUAAGACACUCGACCACUGUCGCAUCGUGAAGCUGUUCGACCUUUUCACGAUAGACAAUCAUUCGUUUUGCACAGUUCUUGAGUACUGCACGGGUAAUGACCUUGACUUCUACCUCAAGCAGAACAAGUGCAUAUCAGAGAAAGAAGCGCGAAGCAUCAUCAUGCAGGUUGUGUCGGCGCUUGUGUAUCUAAAUGAAAAGAAGCCUCCUAUAAUACACUAUGAUCUGAAACCCGCUAACAUUUUGUUGGAGUCGGGAACAACUUGCGGAGCGAUCAAGAUUACUGAUUUUGGCCUUUCGAAGAUUAUGGAAGGCUCGUCUGACGAUGACAGCAUUGAACUAACAUCGCAGUUUGCUGGCACGUACUGGUAUCUUCCACCAGAAACAUUUGUCGUCAGUCACGCUCCUCCCAAGAUCAGCUCCAAAGUGGAUGUAUGGAGUGUUGGCGUAAUUUUCUACCAGUGCAUCUACGGGAAGAAACCAUUCGGGAAUGACCAGACGCAACAGAAGAUACUUGAAGAGAACACUAUUCUGAAGGCUAACGAGGUCCAUUUCCCUGCGAAGCCACAGGUCAGCCCGGUAGCGCAGGACUUCAUCCGACGUUGCCUACAAUACAAAAAAGAGGACCGUGCGGACGUGUUCGAACUCAUGAAACAUGAAUUGUUUCGACCGCGAGGACAGAAAAGUGGGCCACCUUCAUCACCGAGCAUUUCGCGCACUCUGUCGAAGUGUGAAGUAGAGGAGUGA